AUAUCCUCCUCCUGUCCUGCAAAGCUGACAUUCACGAUGGGAUAUACACCUAGGCAGACUAACCUUCUCGUUGUUAUCUGGACACUCACUGCAGUGGCUGGUAUCUUGCUGGCAGCCCGUGUUUAUGUACGGUUACGCCUGCGACCGGGGUCCUUUGGGUGGGAUGAUUGGACCAUGCUGCUCUCCUUUGCGCUUGGAGUCGCCACUGGGGCGUUGGAGCAUUCUCUUAUCCAGCACGGAAUUGGCAGGCACCUGGAUGAUGUCGACCCGGCCGAUUUACCCGUGCUCGCCAAACUAACUCUGAUCUCCACGGCACUCAACUUACUCACCACGAUGAUGCUGAAAAUAUCUCUGUCUAUAUUCUUACUCCGCAUGGUGCAACAAGCCAAUAAAACGGUCAAACGUCUUGUUAUUCUCAACCUGAUAAUCCUUGUUCCCUUCACCAUCGCCGUCAUCAUUGUCGACCUUGUCCAAUGCAUCCCCCUACAAGGCUACUGGGACAACUCUGUCGACGCUAAAUGCCUAGACACGAACAUCGUGAACGUCCUUCUGAAGGCUGCUUCCGGCGUCGCCGCCGUGACGGACUUUAUGACCGCUGCGAUCCCUAUAUUUAUGAUUUAUAAUCUCCAGAUGCCUGCCAAGCGGAAAUACAUUCUUUACGCAAUUCUUGCGCUCGGUUUCUUUAUCGCUGGGGCUUCCAUCGCGAAGACCGUCUUGAUCGACUGGAAUCCAGAGGACUACACAUACGACAACGCCAAACUGGUCCCCUGGGCGUUCACUGAGCAGGAGGGCGGGGUUAUCGUGGGUUGUCUCGUGACGCUGAGGCCAAUUUGGCAACUCAUACAGUCGCGGAUCAAUCCAAAGAGCCCUAGUGAAUACUACGAUAUGGCCUCUGGUGGGCGGCGGGCAUUGAUACGAAGCAAACAAGAGGUGGACGAGCACGGCUUGCUCUCAGAGCCUCUGGAAAUUAGGAAGCAGACCAAAGUUGAGGUCCUGGAUGAGGCAGGAGGUUCACCAACCCAUGGAUCGGAGAACCAGUGGGAAUACAGAACACGGUAGAAGAAACCAUGCAGGCACAGUCGGAUUCAUCAUUAGAGGCAGAUCAUUUCCCUCCUCGAAAUUCUUGUAGUGAAGUACGGAGUAGACUAAGGAACCUCCCCACCUGCACGACUUACGACUAAUGACUAACUGACGAACUUCUUGGAAGUCCGCCACGGGAUUGUUACGUAUUGGACCAGGUGAGGGACCUGCAUACUGCAU